GCAGAGGAGAAUAAUAUUCAACAGAGCUUGAGAAUAAUGAACUAAAAAUGGAAGAAAAAUUGAAACACCAAGUUCUCUUUAAUGUAGCUUGGUUUAGGUUGGAAAAGAGCCUCUCGAACUUGUAUUCUUGCUGUUGAGUCGACUGCCUUUGAGAGAAACAUUUUAAAUUGUGCAAAGGCGGACGAGGAUGCAGCAACUGGAGUUGCUUUUCUUAGUGAUUCUGGUUGCCACUGGUGGUGGUGGUGGUGAUGAUAGGUUGGAAGAUUAUAAAGGAAGAGCUGCUACUUUAGUGGCGUCAAGGAUGCCAGUAUUUGCAAUGGAGAAAACACAAAUUUUUUAGAAGAACCCAGAUCUGGGUUUGAUUUGGAGAGGAUGAAGAAGGGAGAAGAGGGAGAAAAAGAAUAAGAAGAAGAAAGAAGAAGGACAAGCAGGGAAAGGAAGGAGGAAGGUUGAUAGAGAAUGAAAAGGCAAAACUGUU